AUGCAAAUAGUCUCAUUCAAAAUGUCAGUACUCUGUUUGUCAGUACUCUAUACGACGACUUCAACGACAGAAAAUCUCUUUGAACUUGUUGCAUUGCUGGAUACGCCACUAGCUACGAAAUGUGCGUCGUGUGAUGUUCCAUUUUCGUACAUGGCACCAGCACCAGAAGACGUCGUUGUACGGCACGAUGAUCGACAAUAG